CAAACAAGUUAACAAUGUCUCAUCUCAGUUAAAUACUUAUAAUAACAAAGUUUAACCUAGAUUCACUACAAUGCAAUCGUAAGUUACUUUUAUAUCUUGAGUUAAUAUAAUAUGUAAAUACAGAGAAAAGGAACGUAAACUACACGUUCGGAAACAUUGCCACAUGUCAUGUCAUUUUGACACCUGUCAAGCUGAUCAUUCUUGUAUAUAUUUCAGAACACAAUCACCUCUUUCUCACUAUGUUUCAAAUCUAUUAGUAAAUUAAAUUAAUUUCUCUUGAUUUCUCUAUUCUAUCAAUUCUAAAAAUGCCUCUCAUCCGUUCUGCAAGUUUCAAUCUUUUUGUCGAAAUAGUUAUUCGAAUCUGCCUACUCUCUUUAUUCUGUUACAUGGAGACAAUGCCACCCUUUGUUAGAGUUAUCCUUCCUUCGGAGUUGGAGAAUGAUUGCAAAUAUCCAAGACGGGAGUCAUACGUACCAGGUGGAGCGCUAUGGGCUAUAGUACUUUCAGUACCCUGCCUAUUGUCUUUACUCGCGUGGGGAGCGUGCAACGAUUGUAAUGAUGCUUUCGAAAUUCUUCUCGCAUGGUCUCUCGCCCUUGGUAUUAAUGGAGUACUGACAGAUACAAUGAAAUUGAUUGUCGGUCGUCCACGUCCAGAUUUUUUCUACCGUUGUUUCCCUGAUGGUGUGGAGACAUCAGAUCUGCAGUGCACCGGGGACCCUGUGGAUAUAAUGGAGGGCAGAAAGUCCUUCCCCAGUGGACAUAGCAGCUUGUCGUUCUGCUCUCUGGGCAUGUGCGCACUGUGGGUGUGUGGGCGACUGGGCGCGCUGCGAGGUAGGCGCGGCUCAGCUGCGCGUGCGCUGGCCUGCCUCGCACCACUUCUCCUAGCUCUCUGUGUAGCACUUUCUAGAUCCUGUGACUAUCAUCAUCAUUGGCAGGAUAUCCUCGUUGGUUCUACGCUGGGUUUUACAGUGGCUAGCUUUUGUUACCGGCAGUAUUAUAAUCCUUUAAGUUCUGAGCUAUCUGGAGUGCCAUAUGUAGUGUCAGAUACAAAUCUAGCUAGAUUGAAUGGUAAACCGGACAGUCCGGCUAAAGAUCUAAAAGAUAUAGAGUCGACACCGUUAUUGAAUUGUAAGAAAGAAGAUAAAUGGAUAUGAAAUAAGAUUUAUAUAGAGAAACGACAUGGAAUCAAAAUAGACC